UCAGUGUCCAAAUAUCCAAUAAUAAUCUCUAUUCCAACUCUUCUUUUUUGGUUUUGUUUCUUUGUCUGUGUGUAUGUAAUUGUUACAUACAUGGGCCAAUUGUUUACUUCAAUCUACUGAUAGAGAUAGCUCCAUAUCAAGAUAUUAUGAGCAUUAUUGUGAAGUAAGUACAGAAGAAUUGUUUCCUCCUGGAGAAAUGAUGGAGAAGAAGCAGAAAAAGUUUCUUACCGUGGCGCCUUUCGAGUGUGCCUGGCCUAAUGAUCUGAGAUUUAGAGAAGCAGGAAGGGGUUGUGUAGCUUUCGAUGCUUUCGCGCAUAACGAUGUGACUCUCGUUUUCCGGGAGCAGGUAGGGAGUCAGCAUUAUCACUACAAAAGGGAUAACUGUCCACACUAUACUGUAAUCAUCGGUAGUCAUAGGAAUAAGAGAUUUAAAAUCGAGGUUGAUGGGAAAACGGUGGUGGACGCUUCUGGUGUUGGUCUUUGUUGUUCUUCAGCAUUUCAAAGCUAUUGGAUCAGUAUCUAUGAUGGAUUAAUUAGCAUUGGAAAAGGAAGGUAUCCUUUUCAGAAUCUUUGCUUUCAAUGGCGUGAUUCGAAUCCCAAUUGCACCGUUCAGUACGUUGGUCUUAGCAGUUGGGAUAAACAUGUAGGGUACAGGAAUGUUAAUGUACUCCCUGUCACACCAAAUCAUUUAUCUUUGUGGAAACAUGUGGAUUAUGUUGAGCAUGAUUUAGGCGAGGAUGAUUUAGAACAAGAGUUUGAAGAUGAAAUUAACUAUCAAAAUUGGGGUCUCGGGAAGUUUCUUGAGAAUUGGGAGUUAUCGGAUAUGUUCUUCGUUGUUGGAAAGGAAGAAAGGGUUGUUCCAGCUCAUAAGCUAAUUUUAGAAGCAUGUGGAGAUUUUGGUCUUAGUUCAUCAGUUGAAGAAGUUGUUCCGUUGCCAAACAUAAGUUAUUCCGUUCUUCACGCACUUCUUCAGUACAUCUACACCGGACAUGCUCAGAUUUUGGAGUCUGAUCUCUGCUCAUUGAAGUCUUUGAGCUUAGAAUACAAAGUGAUGUCGUUGGUGAUGCAAUGUGAAGAGAUCCUUGAACGAAUUAUGUCUAAUAAGCAACUUGUUGACUCAGCUAAGCCUGUAGACAUAUCUUAUCCAAGCUGGCUCCAAUGUAGCAAAAGUUUUCCGUACGGGUUGCCCAUUGAUAAAGAAAGGCUUGAACGGUUCCUAUUGACUGGAGAGUACAGUGAUAUAGACAUUUAUGUAGGAGUUCAUGAUAUUGUUUUGCGGUCACAUAAAGUGAUCCUUGGGUCAUGGAGUACUCCUUUCACAAAGAUGUUUACAAAUGGAAUGAGGGAGAGUGUUUCUUCGAUGGUCUGCUUAAAAGAUGUUCCUCGUGAAGCAUUCAAGAUUAUGCUAGAAUUCAUGUAUAGCGGGGAACUUAAUAAAGAAGCUACUGAGGGAAUUAAUACCUUGUUACUUGAGCUACUUUUACUAGCAGAUGAGUUCGAGGUAACACUUCUUCAUCAGGAGUGCUGCAAAAUACUUCUGGAGUGCCUCUCAGAGGACUCAGUAUGCCCAAUUCUUCAAGUGAUAUCAUCUGUUCCCUCAUGUAAACUCAUCGAAGAAACCUGUGAGAGGAUAUUCUCGAUGCACUUUGAUUAUUGUACAACUGCAAGCAUCGACUUUGUCAUGUUAGAUGAAACAAGUUUUAGCAAUAUCCUUCAGCACACAGAUUUGACAGUGACAUCUGAAGAGAGAGUUCUCAACGCCAUCUUGCUUUGGUGCUUACAAGCAAGAGAACUAUAUGGAUGGGAAACAGUAAAUGAAUUGAUUGUAAAUUCAACACCUGAAAUGCUUUUCGGAGAGAGGCUUACGUCUUUAAAUAAAUUUCUGCAUCUUGUGCGGUUCCCCUUACUGCCACUUGAUUUGCUGAAGAAGUUUGAAGAGAGUGGCCUUAGCCAGCAGAUUCCCACUUUUGACCAUAUGGUUAAAGAGGCCAUAAAAUUUCUGGAGUUCGGGGUCACCGAUUUUCAAGGAAGCCAGAGAUUUCAGCAUAGAAAAUCAAGUUUUAAGGAGCGGCUCUACAUAUGCGAUGGAGACAGCAACGGGGUCCUUUAUUUUGCUGGCACAUCAUAUGGCAAACACCAGUGGGUAAAUCCUGUUUUGUCCAAGAGAGUAACUAUUACUGCUAGUAGUCCCAUUUCAAGAUGCACCGAUCCUAAGGUGUUGGUGUCAAGGAACUUCCAGGGUACAUCUCUUGCUGGACCUCAGAUGGAGGGCGGAAGAAACACUUCGUGGUGGCUGGUUGAUAUUGGUCCGGAUCACCAGCUCAUGUGUAACUACUACACAUUAAGACAGGACGGAUCAAGAUCAUUUAUCAGAUGUUGGAACUUUCAGGGCUCUUUGGAUGGGAAAAGUUGGACAAACCUGAGAGUACAUGAGAAUGAUCAAACAAUUUGCAAGCCAGGUCAAUUUGCAUCAUGGCCUAUUACUGGUCCGAAUGCACUACUUCCUUUCAGAUUCUUUCGAGUUCUCAUGACCGCUCCUACUACGGACGAUACUAACCCGUGGAACUGUUGCAUCUGCUUCUUAGAACUCUAUGGCUAUUUUCGUUAGCUUGGUACUCGGUUUAAACAUGUAGUUAUGAAUAGCUUGUUUUUCCACAAACUCUUGUCAAAGUGUUACAUGGUCUGGUAUUGCCCAAUGAUGUUUACAGUGUGAUUUUACAUCGUCGUAAUUUACAUUCACUGUCUUGGACCAGCCAAAUCAGUGAAAUGCCACUGAGAGUUAGCAGUUCGGUUUCUAUAAUUAUAGUUGAUAAUUGAAAUUUUUUCUAUUUUCAAGUAAUCGAUUAUUAAGUACUACUUACUA